GUUAGACAACGCCUUUUAAUGUUAACAUCAUACAUUUGAGAAUUUCAACUCCAGAAAUUCCAACAUCUACCCAUUUAAAAUACGUUCUGAAUCAAAAGUACUUUCUAAUACACUCCAGAGGUUUUACCUAGGUGAUGUAAAUGAACAUAUUUUUAUAUGUAAUACCAAAUCAGUUAGUGUUAGUAUAACGUUAAACGUCACAGUUUCCAUGAAAUUUAUUUACGAAUUUUCUUAUUUCCUUGUUCACUUAUUCAAAUAGGCUCAUGUAAAGUUUAUCGAUCUCAAGACAAGGGAGUUGGAAAAGGUAUUUCAACUACAGUAGAUUCAUCUUGCCCAGCUCCUUUUGUACUGAAUUUAAAAGUUGAUGCUCAAGUAAGAACACGUUUAUUUAUCGCAGUUUAUCUCAUUCUGUAUUGUGUUGUGCAUACCAUUUAGAAAGUUUUGAAUCAGUGAUAUGUGCGUUCACAUAAAAGUAUGCGUCAGGGUUGAAUAUAAAUUCUCAUUCUUAUGAGCAUUAUGUCGUGAAGCGAAUUCUACCAACGCUCAAAGUUUGACACUUUUAAACUUGCUUUACACCCCUCACACUUUUAACAACCAAAAAGCAGUAAAAGUACAAUUAAGAACUAGAUCUAAAUUUAUACUUGGCAUAUUGUCCAAAAUUGCAUGAAUCGGUUUAUUCUUUUAACAGCCUGUUGUAAAUAUAAAACUUCAGGUAAUGCUACUAAGAAACUUGGAUACUAGCCGUGAACUUGUCAACGGAGCACGAGGCAUAGUAGGAAAGAUAAACAGUGAUACUGGUCUUCCUGAAGUUCGAUUUUAUCCCGCAAAAGCGAAUGGAUCUAAUGGCAUCUUACAUGUUGUGCAAAUUGAAAAGUGGACGAUUCGUGGGAUUGAUGCCAAAGAAAUCGCAAGUCGACGUCAAUUACCACUAACUCUGGCUUGGGCAAUAUGCAUCCGUAAAAGUCAGGGGAUAACAUUGGAAUAUGCAGAAUUAGCUCUGUCAAAAGUUCGUAUUUUGCAAUAG